AGUUGUAUUGGCAUCACCCAGUCGGCUAUAGCCAAGCGUAAAUACCUGUCAAUUUUUAAUUAACAGGAUGUGAAGAAACUGUCCUCGUGCAACAACUUAGACGAAUACAUUUAUUGGAGACUUACACGUCCGUCACAAUGGCGGAAAAUGAGAAAGACGGUGAAAACGUACCUAAAGUAACAACACCCGAAGACAUUCUGAAAACUUCUGGGAAUGAUGAAUUGAAAUUUGGUUUAUUGAUUGGUUUAAUCAAGGUUGGACAGGUGUCAAAUAAAGAUGUGGUUGAUACUGUUUUAUACUUGUUGGUUGGAGGAGAGUUUGACAUUGAAAACAACUUCAUCAUACAGGAAGAACAAAACAUUAUGCAUAUGCUAAGACUGUUAACACACUGUCCAUUAACACUUCAGGCCGAGAUAUGGAGUGUAUUUACAGCUAUGUUAAAGAAAAGUCGCAGAAACUUACAGGCGUGUACAGAAGUCGGCUUGAUAGAACAUGUUUUGAAUUUAAUAAAUGAUGCUGAUGAUGUAAUAGCAGAUUUAUUAGUAGACAUGCUAGGUGUCCUGGCCAGUUACAGUAUCACAGUACGAGAAAUGAAGAUACUUAUGGGUUUACUGAAAAUUAAAGAUAGCAAAUGGCAAUUACAUUCAGUAAAACUACUAUCAGUGUUGAAUAUGAUGCCACAGAGAGAAGGACCAGAUGAAUUUUUCAGCUUCCCUGGUAAAAAAGGAUCACACAUAGCACUACCCCCAAUAAAGACAUGGCCAUAUCAGAAUGGUUGGACAUUUAGCUGUUGGAUGAGAUUAGACCCUGUCACAGGAGUAACAGUAGAAAGAGAACAACCAUAUCUUUAUUGUUUUAAGACGAACAAAGGAGUUGGAUACUCAGCACAUUUUGUGGGGAAUUCCUUGGUUAUUACUGCAAUGAAGAUAAAAGGAAAAGGUUUCCAACAUUGUGUUAAAUAUGAAUUUCUUCCCAGAAAGGAACGAUGUAUAAAGUGGCAUAUGGUGACAGUAGUACAUGUAUACAACAGAUGGACUAAGUCAGAGUUACGUGUGUAUGUGGAUGGGAACUUAGAAUCUCAUUCAGAAAUGUCAUGGCUAGUCAAUACAAGUGAUCCAUUUGACAAAUGUUUUCUUGGAUCAAGUGCUGAAGGAGAAACAGAUCACAUGUUUUGUGGACAAAUGUCUACUGUAUACCUGUUCAGUGAAGCCUUGUCUCCACAGCAGAUACAUGGAAUUUACCAGUUGGGUCCAAGUUAUAAGAGUCAGUUUAGAUUUGAAAAUGAAAGUGGCCUUACCAAUGAAGAAAUAAACAGAAGGCUUUUGUAUGAAGGAAAGAUGACUUCCACCAUUGUAUUUAUGUAUAAUCCAAUGGCUUGUGAUGCACAGUUGUGUUUAGAGUCUUCACCAAAAGGGAAUCCCACACAUUUUGUACAUGUACAACAUGCUUUGAUGUCACAGGAUGUAAAGGCAGUUAUAACACAUUCCAUACAUAGUACCUUGCAUUCCUUAGGAGGUGUACAGGUGUUAUUCCCCUUGUUUGGUCAGUUAGAUGAAGUUGUGUACAGAGGACCAGACAAACCUACAGAUGUAGAUUAUUCUAUUUGUGAAAGUCUGAUGAGCAUAUUAUGUAUCUUAUUAAAGAGUUCCAUCACCAUACAACAACAGAUGAUACAAAACAAAGGAUUUCUGGUUAUUGGAUACUUCUUAGAAAAGGCAAACAGAGAACAUGUGAACCCUACGGUAUUAGGACAUUUCCUCGACCUGACGCAGUUCUUAGUAAACUUACCUACAGGUGGGAUGUUACUGAAACAGCUAUUUGACCAUAUCUUAUUUAACCCAGCACUCUGGAUACAUUGUUCUGUUGAGGUACAGACCAAGUUAUAUUGUUACUUAGCUACAGAUUUUAUAAGUAAUGGCCAUAUCUAUAACAACAUAAGACGUGUUAGUGCUGUGUUACAGACUAUGCAUACAUUAAAGUUUUAUUACUGGGUUGUUAACCCAAAAGACAGAAGCGGUAUCACUCCAAGAGGUGUUGAUGGACCAAGGCCCACCUAUGAUGAGAUAGUAAAACUGAGGUCUUUCAUGUUACUGUAUGUCAAACAGCUGUUACUGAAAGGACAGGGUGUGCAAGAAGAUGAACUACAGAGUAUACUUAACUAUCUUACUACAUUACAUGAGGAUGAUAAUUUAAUGGAUGUCCUCCAGUUAACCACAGCACUUAUGGCAGAACAUCCAAUGUCUAUGGUACCAGCAUUUGACAAGAAAGCUGGAAUUAAGACUUGUUUCAAACUAUUAGCAUCACCAUCAGAAAGACUGAGAAUACAGGCCUUAAAGUUAAUGGGAUUUUUCCUGAUGAGAGCUACCCAUAAGAGGAAACAAGAAUGUAUGGGACCUUAUAAUCAGUUCUCAUUACUGGGUGAAAGAUUGAUGUUAAAUGAACAAAGGAUAACAUUACCUACAUAUAAUGCUUUGUUUGAGCUUUUGACUGAGAGAAUUACCUUAGAGAUGACAACAGAGAGACAAAUAGAUCCUGAAUCACAUUUUAGAAUAGAAAAUUCUUCAAUACUGAAGGUUGUGGCUACAAUGAUUAGACAAUGUAAAAUGACACCAGAAAUAAUGGAAGUGAGGCGGCUGUUUUUAUCAGAUCUAACUAUACUGUGCAAUAAUAACAGAGAAAACAGGAGAACACUGUUACAGAUGUCUGUCUGGCAAGACUGGCUGUUUUCUCUUGCAUACAUUUAUCCCCAAAAUGAAGAGGAAGCUAAGAUCACAGACAUGGUGAUGUCAUUAUUUAGGAUGUUAUUACACCAUGCCAUUAAGUAUGAAUAUGGUGGAUGGAGAGUUUGGAUUGAUACAUUAGCUAUUCUACAUUCAAAGGUAGCCUACGUAGAUUUUAAGAUUCACAUGUCCAGAAUGUACAAGGAAUAUGAUAAACAGAGAACUGAUGACCUUGACCCAGCUGAACGAAGACAUUACCCAGUUAGUACAAUAUCUGGUGUCUCUGAUGCAGAAAUAGCAAAACCUCUGCCAAAAAGUACUGUUACUUUAAAAGAAUUGGCAGAAUCAGGAGCACCAUCUGGUGACAGCAAUAAUAGUCAAGGGGAGACUAUUGAUGAAUUGAAUACUCAGCAACAAGUUGAACAAUUUUUAAAUGAAGUUAUAGAUGAUGUUGUUGACAUUGUUGAUGGUAAAAAAUCAAACGAUUCACAAGAACCAACCUCAGAAAGUACAAAUCAAAAACCUAGUCAGCAAAUAGAGGAGGAACAAACUGCAGAUACUGAAGAACACCCUAGGAGGCAGGCCUCAGUACAGAGGACAGACAGUACAAGAAUAUUUAGCCCUGGACCAAGGGCUCCACCUUUUAGGAUACCUGAGUUUAGAUGGUCAGGCCUUCAUCAGAAAUUGUUAUCAGAUUUGCUGUUUUCUAUAGAAACAGACCUUCAAGUUUGGAAAAGCCAUAGUACUAAAACUGUGAUAGACUUUGUAAAUGCUGGUGAGAACCAUGUUUAUGUUGUCAAUGUGACACAUAUGAUAUCACAGCUGGCAGACAAUUUAAUCACUUCCUGUGGUGGAUUACUUCCCUUGUUAGCUGCUUCUACUUCACCUAAUGGAGAAGUAGAGUUAUUAGAACCUACCCAAGGUUUAUCUAUAGAACAAGCUGUAUCCAUACUGAAUCGUGUGAUGAACAUGACAGAUAUCUUGGUAUUUGCCAGUUCUACAAACUUUGCUGAGUUAGAACAAGAGAAGAAUAUGCCAACAGGAGGGAUUCUGAGGCAGUGCCUAAGAUUAGUAUGCACAUCAACAGUUAGAAAUUGCUUGGAAUGUCGACAUAGACAGGCCCCAAAGACGCCAACUAGUGCCUCAACACCUUCAGAAAGAUCAAGGUCAGGAUCGAUGAGAGGUCAGAGCCAGGUUGUUAAUGGAGUUGACCCCAUACAAGCUCUUAUCAUGGCAUCACAUCCUACAGAAAAGAACAUUGUAGAGAAUCUGAAUGAGAGUGUAUCACCAAUAAAGGAUUAUGAUAGACUACUACAAGACAUGGAUAUUAACAGACUAAGGGCAGUUGUUUAUAGAGAUGUGGAGGAAACGAAACAAGCACAGUUCCUAGCAUUGGCUAUUGUUUACUUCACCUCUGUGUUAAUGGUGUCCAAGUAUAGAGAUAUCCUGGAACCACCAAGUCCAGCUGCCACGCCCACUUCUAGUACACACAGACAGUCUUUUACUUCUCACUCUGCUACUGGACUCCUUCAAAACUUGCGUCCUCUUUUAAAUCCCCCGAAUGGUGAUUCUCCAAAAACUGGUCUUCUGGGAAAAACAGACAAUAAAACUCCAACUGACCUUGACCUUCAAACAAAGGAAUCCUCAUCAACCUUAUCCAGUAUCUCUGUUAAAAGUGACCUUGAAGUUACGGAAGAUGGUAGUGUUCUAGCCAGUAUGGCUGCUGGGGACUUAGUAGUUGAAAAUGAAGAAAAGACAGAUUCUAAUAUGGAGCAUGAUAAUAUGACUGAAAAUUUAGAUAAGAGGGCUGAAGGGGAUGAAAAUGGAGACGACGAAGAAGAAGAAGAAGAUGAUGAAGAAGAGGAAGAAACUGAAGAAAGUGAACAGGAAGAGGAAGUUAAGGAUGAUCAGACAGGGGAGACAAUUCCAGAGACAGCUACAGAAUCAGAAGAUAAAACUGAGGAGCCACAUGAGAAGACGAAGAUUAAAGCUGAUAUUCAUAUUGAUGAUACAACAGCUGUUGUUAAACCUUCAGAAAAUGAUGAAACUGAAUCUCAGAGUGCAGAUCAGAGUCAUGAGUCUAUAGAACCAUCAGAUGAACCAGUGACAGAAAAGGAGGAAGACAGAGGGGCAGCUGAAGGGGGUCAGACUGAAGAAGAUAAGACUGAUGUUAAAGAAAAUGGUGUAGAAGACCAAGAUACAUCAGUGAAUGAUACCUCUGCCACAUCAACAGAACAGGAGCAAGAGUUAGAAUGGGAUGGUUCUGGUGAACCUGAGGUACAGCCCAUCUCUGCUAUCUCUGCUGGAACACAUGGUGUUAGGCACAACAGACCCAGCCUUAAACUACAGCUGAGUAGGAGUAAGAUACCUGGUACGGUGGAGAAUCUCCCAAUGCCUGGAGAUACUGGAUCACUCACAGAAAGAUUGGAGAAGGCAUUAGGAUCAGUCGCUCCAUUGUUGAGAGAAAUUUUUGUUGACUUUGCUCCAUUUUUGUCAAAGACACUUAUUGGAUCGCAUGGACAAGAAUUACUAAUUGGAGGUCUAGUCACAUUAAAACAGAGCACCUCAGUAGUAGAGCUGGUUAUGUUACUGUGUUCUCAAGAGUGGCAGAAUUCUCUACAGAAACAUGCUGGGCUUGCCUUUAUAGAACUAGUCAAUGAGGGGAGAUUGUUAGCACAUGCUACUAGGGACCAUAUAGUAAGAGUUGCAAAUGAAGCCGAGUUCAUAUUAAAUAGAAUGAGGGCAGAAGAUGUCCAGAAACAUGCUGAAUUUGAGUCUUUGUGUGCCCAAACCAUGUUAGACAGAAAGGAAGAAGAAAAACUUUGUGAUCAUUUGAUAAAAUCUGCAAAGAGAAGAGAUCACCAGAUAGCUGUAAAACUGAAGGACAAAAUACUGUAUAUACUGACCAAUAAGCAUGGAGCUUGGGGUGAUCCUUGUGAAAAACCUGUAGAGUUUUGGAAGUUAGAUGUUUGGGAAGAUGAUUCCAGGAGGAGGAGGAGAAUGAUCAGGAAUCCACAUGGAUCCACACAUCCUGAAGCUACUCUAAAGGCUGCUAUUGAACAUGGAGCAGAAGAAGAUGCAAUAAACCAGGCCAGAGAGGCUUUUCAUGCCCACUUAGCAGCUCAGAAGAAGGUACAACAACAACCUGAUUAUACAGAUGAAGAAUUGAUGAUGGAAGAGAGAGAUCUGGACCAGGAAUUCAAUGGUCCUGUUGCUCUGUCUACCCCAUGUAAGCUGAUAGCACCAGGGGUAGCUAUAGCUGGUACUAUGGCUAUAACAAAGUCAGAGCUUUACUUUGAGAUUGAUGAAGAGAAUGAAGAGAACAAGAAACACGAUCCUAAGGUGUUGAAUUACAUUGAGUAUGUACAUGGAAGGUGGCAUUUCAAUGAGGUCCGUGCAAUCUUUUCAAGACUUUAUCUACUACAAAAUGUGGCCAUUGAAAUCUUCAUGGCCAACAGAACUGCUGUAUUGUUUUCCUUUCCUGAUCAUGCAACUCUUAAGAAAGUUAUCAAUACAUUGCCUCGAGUGGGAGUUGGGGUGAAAUAUGGUCUCCCUCAAGCCAGGAGAAUGUCAUUAGCCUCAGGCAAACAGCUGUUUAAAUUGUCCAGUAUGAUGCAGAAAUGGCAACGAAGAGAAAUUUCCAAUUUUGACUAUUUAAUGUACCUUAAUACAAUAGCUGGUAGAACAUAUAAUGAUUUGAACCAGUAUCCAGUUUUCCCAUGGGUAAUAGUCAACUAUGAAUCUGAGGAACUGGAUUUAAGUCAACCAAAUAAUUUUAGAGAUUUAUCAAAGCCUAUUGGAGCUUUAAACCCAACCAGAAAAGCUUUCUUUGAUGAGCGGUACGAGACUUGGGAGCAUGAUCAGAUACCUCCAUUCCACUAUGGAACUCAUUACUCUACGGCAGCUUUUACACUUAAUUGGUUAAUACGAGUUGAGCCUUUCACUACAAUGUUUUUAAAUCUACAAGGAGGGAAAUUUGACCAUGCUGAUAGAACUUUUUCUUCAGUAACCCAGGCAUGGAAGAGUUGUCAGAGAGAUACAUCAGAUGUCAAAGAACUGAUACCAGAGUUCUACUGUUUACCAGAGAUGUUUGUUAACCAUAAUGGUUUUACAUUUGGUAAACAAGAUGAUGGUUCAGAAGUUAAAGAUAUAAUAUUACCUCCAUGGGCCAAAAAUCCUGAAGACUUUGUUAGAAUUAACAGAAUGGCCUUAGAAUCCGAGUUUGUCUCAUGUCAGUUACAUCACUGGAUAGAUUUAAUAUUUGGAUACAAACAGAGAGGUCCAGAAGCAGUCCGAGCAACCAAUGUGUUUUACUAUCUUACUUAUGAAGGAAGUGUCAACUUAGAAACAAUGACAGAUUUAGUCAUGAAAGAGGCAAUAGAAAACCAAAUCCGAAACUUUGGACAGACACCUUUACAACUGUUAACAGAACCACACCCACCAAGAAGUUCAGUCAUGCAUUUGACACCUAUGAUGUUUUCUACUGUACAAGAUGAUGUAUGUAUGAUAAUGAAGUUCCUGUCUAACUCACCUGUCUGUCAUGUGGCAGCCAAUACACAUCCUGCUGUACCUGUGGCUGCAGUAACUACCAUAUCAUGUAAUCAUAACUUUGCCAUCAAUAAAUGGAAUAAUAAUUAUCAGCAACAAGGAACUCCAUCAAAUUUCUCAUCAACUGAGAAACAAGAUACUCAGGUUAAACUGCCCAUGGAAAUGGAUCAAUUACUAGUCAUGAAUACAGCCUUACAUAAAAGAAGCUUGGGUGAUAAUUUUGAUGAGAGGAUUAAAGCCAAACAUACCAGCUUCAUUACAACAGCAGAUAACAGAUUUUUGUUUGCAUGUGGAUUCUGGGAUAAAAGUUUCCGCCUUUUCUCUACAGAAACAGCCAAGAUUUUACAAGUUGUACAUGGUCAUUUUGAUGUGGUGACAUGUGUUGCUAGAUCUGAAUGCAACUUAAACCAGGAUUGUUAUGUGAUUACUGGUUCUAAAGAUUGUACUGUUAUGGUGUGGAUGUUUACCUCAAGGAACCAGGCCAUUAUUGGAGAUAAUGGAAGUAUGGAGCAUCCAACCCCUAAAGCUACAUUGACUGGUCAUGAAACAGAAGUGACCUGUGUUGCCGUCCUUGCUGAAUUAGGUCUAGUCUUCAGUGGAUCUUAUAAGGGUCCAUGUUUGGUUCACACAUUGAAUGGUGACCUAUUGAGGUCAUUAGAAGCACCUGAUGGCUGUUGUACACCUGAGAUAAUCAGUGUAUCACGAGAGGCUUUUGUCCUAGUCAAGUUUGACCAGGGACAGAUUUGUAACUACAGCAUCAAUGGUAGACUUCUACAGAGAGUUAGCCACAAAGAUAAUAUACAGACAAUAAUUCUUAGUAGAGAUGGACAGUAUAUUAUGUUAGGAGGUAACAGUGGAGUGGUAGAAGUCUGGAGGUCACAUGACCUAAAUCUUUUGUAUACAUAUCCACCAUGUGAUAGCAGCAUUCUGUCAUUAGCUCUUACCCAUGAUCAUAAAUUCUUAUUGGCAGGCCUUGGAACUGGUUGUUUAUUGGUGUUUAACAUUGACUUUAACAAAUGGCAUCAUGAAUAUCAGGAGAGAUAUUAACAAGUGGACCAUUUCAUCAUUGAUUACAUGCACUGCAUCAAAUAAGGAUAUUUGAGGCAGCAUACCUGUUUUAGUUACCUGUAUAAGUACUAAGAAGAUGCUUGUUUUAUUGAUAAUAGCAGCGGUAUAGCAAGGGUGUCAUGAAGCAUAAUUAGUUGGUCUUCAGCUAUUGAUUCUUUUCAGGCAUGCAUCAUAAUAUAAAUUUAUUUAAUAUUUAUAUCUACUAAAUUGCUUACUAUAGUUUCUUAUUUUAAGGGACUUAAUCUAAACUGUAGUUUGAGUCGAGGUAGGAUAUAUUGUUCUCACAUAUAUAGUAAAAAUAUAUUUGGAAACUAUUAUUAUUUGCUCUAAGAAUGAAAGAAAUUGGGGAGUUGAUGUAAAGAAAUAUAUUAAAUUGUAAAUAUUUAUUUAUUUCUCAGAAGGUUGUGUAUGUAGUGUGAGCUGCUUGUUCUUCAAGUAGUACCUGUACUAAUUUAGUAGCUUUUUCUAGUUUUGUACACAUUUUUGUAAAAUUAUGAUAAAAAGAUUGAAAAAAUUAUGAUAAUUAAAACAAUUGAUUUCAAACAGUACUAGAUUAUGAUUGGUUAUGUAUGGUAGAACUUAAAGUAGUAUAUAUGUAAAAAAAUUCCUUUUCAAUUUUUUUCUGCAAUCAGUUGCAGAAUACAAAACUAUUAAAAAAUAAAAAAGUGAUUUGUUUUUUCUUUGAAAAAAUUUAAUAUCUCAGUACAUGUAGUUUUUAAGGAGAUGUGAUAUCAUGUUAAAACAUUCCACAUUAUAAAUUUUUGUGCUGUUUUUUUUGUGCAAUCUAUCCAAUGCUGUAUUUUGAUAAAGUGCUUGGGUAAUAGUUAUAUAUAUGUGUGUUUGAUUUCAUAUUGAGGAAAUGUAUAUACAUCUGUUUAAUAGCUUAUAUUGCCAAAUACAUUCCAGAACAAUAAAAUAGUAUUGAAAUUUAUUUUGAUAUAGAUCAUUCGUUUUGUGGUUAUACAUUUUACGAGUGACAAGUGACAAAUUUCAUGGUUUAAAAGCUUCUUGUGGCAGAUCAGAAUCUUGAGAUAAAAGAACGAAAACUAUUAAAACCUUUUCAAUGUAUUUUAUUUCUUAUAUGUCAGAAAAGUCAGACAAAGGACUUUCACAUCGCCCCUGAACCUCAUGUCAGUAGAUAAAAACAAAUAUGAAGGUUUUGUUAGUGUUAACAAUAUUUGCAAUUAACAGUUAGAUAUUUGCCCAGCCUAAUUUAUAUAUAAUUGCAGAUUAACUCUUGACAGCAACUGUCAUGUAAGAAAAAAUACGUAGAAGGAUUUUUCAACCAAAUAUUGGCAACAGUUAGAUGUGGGUGUUUCUACACAGGAUGUUACUGUUUAUCUUUUACCAAACAUCAGACCAUUGUUGAUUGUUAGAUUAUUUAAAGUUUGAUAAAUAUGUAUGUGAACAUUUAUUUUAUAUGCAGUAUAUUUUGUUAAAGGUGUAUUUAUAGUUGUUUUAUUUAAGAUCCAUUAUGUUUCCAUGGUGUUUGUUGGUUAUGUUUAUAUUGAUUUUCAGAUUGUAAAAAUGAAGAAAACAAUCCUUUCUAUUUCCUAAAAGCUUAAAAUCAUAAAUCGAAAAUAAAAUAUUUUUACUUAAAUUCAAAAUCUGUUUACAGUUUCAUUUUCGAGGAAAUAGAUGUGAAUUUAUUUCUGAUUGCAUUUCAUUCCUAUUUACAGAUUUAAAUAGGCUUGUAUUAAAUUUUGAGACUUCUUAUAGGAAUUAUUGUUGAGAAAAAUCAAUUAGAUGUUUAUUUUAAACAGAAAUUUCAGAUUCUUAGAUUUACUUCUGUGAUGAAAAUAGUUGACCUCCCUACUCAUUACCAACAUAUUAAAAGAGAAAUAUACAAAACAGUAUAAAAAGAUCAUCUAGAUAUUGAAGAUUUCUGUGUUGUACUUGUUUAGAGACAAUAUGAGGUAUAUGACAUUUUUUUCUAUGUAAACAUUUCGUUCUGUAGUGUUGUUAGAAAUUCAUUUCUUUUGCAAGAUAAAACAUGGAAUGGUCAUGAGGAUGAUGCUUUAGGCUUUUAUUUUAAAUAUAAGUACCUAAGAGUUUGUAUUUAAACCAACAUAAAGCAGUAUAAUACAUUCAUAAAUACUAUUUGACUAGUAUUCUGUCAGAAUUACACUUAUAAUGCAUUCUGUGUGAGAGUAUGCACAAGUCUUGUGAAUAGAGACAUAUCAUUUAAAUAAUUUAUAGAUGUUUUGACAGAGUGUGAUUUUUAUGUGGUGUAAACAGAAUUGUAUGGUCACAAAGAAAUCAUGUUUCACAAUGCAAAUAAUAUAUUACAAGUAUAUUCUCUUU